AUGUUCCCAAAGGUCGCUCUCAUCGCUUUCUCUCUCGCCGCCGUUGCCUUCGGUCAACAGGUUGGCACCCUCACUGCCGAGACCCACCCGACGCUCUCUGUGCAGCAAUGCACGGGUACCGGCGGUGGCAGUUGCUCUAACUUGGCUCGGUCUGUCGUGCUCGACUCCAACUGGCGCUGGCUCCACACCACCACUGGCUCGAACAACUGCUACGACGGUAACACUUGGGACACUACCCUCUGCCCCGACGCCAAGACGUGUGCCUCGAACUGCGCUGUCGACGGCGCAGACUACAGCGGCACCUACGGUAUCACCACCUCUGGAAACGCGCUCACGCUCAAGUUCGUCACCAACGGCCCGUACUCGAAGAACAUCGGUUCCCGUGUCUACUUAAUGGCGUCCGAAACCAAGUACCAAAUGUUCAACCUGAAGAACCAGGAGUUCACAUUCGACAUCGACAUGUCGCAGCUUCCGUGUGGCUUGAACGGUGCUCUGUACUUCUCUGAGAUGCCCGAGGAUGGUGGCAUGGCCCAAUUCUCCACCAACAAGGCUGGUGCCAAAUACGGAACCGGUUACUGUGACUCUCAGUGCCCUCACGACAUCAAGUUCAUCAACGGAGAGGCAAACGUCGCAGGCUGGGCUCCGUCCCCCAAUGACGCGAACGCCGGCAAGGGGCAAUUCGGUACCUGCUGCAGCGAAAUGGAUAUCUGGGAGGCCAACAACAUGGCUUCUGCCUUCACUCCUCACCCCUGCACUGUCACUGGCCUGACUCGCUGCUCGGGCACCGACUGUGGCGACGGCGACAACAGGGCCGGCGGUGUGUGCGACAAGGAUGGUUGCGACUUCAACUCGUUCCGCAUGGGAGACACUUCGUUCCUCGGCAAGGGCAAGACCGUCGACACGAUGAAGAAAUUCACGGUUGUGACCCAGUUCGUCACCUCGGAUGGGACUGCUAAUGGUGACCUCACGGAGAUCCGCCGUGUGUACGUGCAAGAUGGCAAGGUUAUCCAGAACUCCAAGGUCAACAUCCCGGGCAUGUCUGCGGACCUAGACUCGGUGACGACGGACUUCUGCGCGCAGCAGAAGGCCGCGUUUGGCGACACCAACUCGUUCGCGAACAAGGGUGGUCUCCGUGCCAUGGGUGACGCCUUUGGUCGUGGAAUGGUCUUGGUCAUGAGUGUUUGGGAUGACCACGAGGCGAAGAUGUUGUGGCUAGACAGUAACUACCCCACUGACAAGACCGCGUCGUCACCCGGUGUUGCGCGCGGUGAAUGUGCAACCACUUCUGGGGACCCGACGGACGUGGAGUCGCAGAGCGCGAACUCGCAGGUGACGUUCUCGAACAUCAAGUUUGGCCCCAUCGGCUCGACAUUCGGUGCUGGUGCUUCGAACCCCGGGUCGCCACCCACGAACACAGGAAGCACAAGUCAGCCGGCACCUUCUAGCACUGCAGGUGCUUACGGACAAUGUGGUGGUCAAGGAUGGACUGGACCCACCGCUUGUGUCUCUGGCUUCACUUGCACCGUCGGCAACCCGUACUACUCCCAAUGCUUGCCCCACUAA